AUGACAGGUACGCUAAUCAAUUUGACAAUUAUCUUUUGUUGUCUUCAAGUGACAUCGAUAUUUGCUGAGCAUCAAGUUGAAUUAUAUCCCAUAUACAACAAAUCAAAUCAACAUAUCGGAUAUGCUGCAAAAGUGAUGAUCGGUGAAUCGAAAAAGGAGUUCUCUCUACUUUUGGAUACUGUUACAGCAUUUCUUUGGGUUUUUCCUCCUUCAUAUCACCAGAUAAUUUCGAGGGAAAUGAAAACUUACUCAGAGCGGGAAUCUUCUUUUAUGAGUGACAUACUUUACCAAAAACAAACUUACGGUUCCAGAGAAGUUGAACUGCUCGAUCGAAUGGACACUAUUAUGUUCAAUUUAACAGAUGCAAGCCAACUACAUUUCAUCAGAACUGCAUUCGGUGUGGUAAACAAUUUGAAAUGGUCUAAAUGGGAUGAUUAUCAAAAAACCGAUGGUGUACUUGGUUUAUCGGCUUUCCAUGUUGAUGGCAUUCCAUCUGGAGUUAUCUGUCAGUCUUUGUAUAACAGAUCCAUUACGAGUAAUCCAGUAAAGGUUGCUGUCUGGGGUUAUGAAGUGUAUCCGUUUGUUACUAUUGCAUUGCCACCAUUGGAUUCUGAUAAUAAAGCGAUAUUAACGCUUGGUGGACGUAACGAUGAGUCAUGCGAUUGGAACUACGGAACCACUGAACUGCUUCGUUUGAACUAUCUAAAAAUUAAACCGUUUCGUUCGUACUGUGAAACCAAUGUAUCGUCAUCAUUGCGUAAUACCCGUUUCUCUCCUCUCCUACUUGAUCAAUCCGGAAAUCGUUACGAAUUCGAAUAUAAUUCCAUCAAAAUGGGCAAUGUGGCAUUUCCUAUGAAAUCAUUUGCUUAUCUGAAUACCAUUGAGCCGUAUAUCGGUCUUCCUAUUAAAUUCCUUCAGAAAAUCGUUAACAAUCUCAAUGCAACGAAAGUUUCAAAAACGGAGAAGAAAUAUAUGAUACGUUGUGAGCAACCAUUCGAACCAUUCGAGAUAUCCACCAAUCAUAACACUUACAUCGUUCCGCCAGAACAUUUCAUUAUCAAACAUAAUCCGGACGAUACGCUGUGCGAACUUGCGUUCACAGUGAGUGAAAGAACUGCUCGUGCUGAUGAAGAUGCGGUUUUACUCGGAAUACCAUUCUUUCAUCAAUAUUGUGUUACAUUGAGACCACAUCACAAACAUAUUAAUUUCGCACCGAUAAUUUAA